GGGACGGGAAAGGAGCAGCAGCGGCAGGAUGUGGAAAUGAAGGACGAUGUAGCUAGCGAUGACAGCAGUAGUGAUGAUAGCAGCGAUGGUGACAGCAGCGACGACGAUGACAGCGAGAGCAUGGGGGCUGCGACAGCCGCCUCCCCACCUCGCCCGCCGCGUCCGCUGCCCCGCCCCGCCCUGCACCUAGGGCCCGCGGAGCUGCUGCUGCUGGCCAUACACCCGGCGGUGCUGGGCGGGGACGGGGCAGGAGCCGGGCAGGCUGGUGCUGCGGGGGAGGCCGCCGCUGGGGGUGACGACCCGACGGCGGCAGGACGUGGAAGGAAGAGCAGCAAUGACAACAACAACAUUACCAGCAUGCGAGGCCAUUGCAACCUCCCUCAGCCCCAGCCCGCCCCACCUCCGCACCGCCGUCGCUCCCACCCGCCGCCGCGGCUGACGCACCUUUUCCUGGAGCUGCCCUUCAAGCCGCACGGCCGCGACGCCGCCGCCACCACCACCGCGCUGUGUGUGCUGCUGGCGGCGCUGAGGGGGGCGGUACCCGGUCUGGCGGCAGGAGGGGUCAGGAGUGGCAGCAGUGGCAGUGGUGUUGCCAGCACUGCGGGUGCGCAGCUGGAGGUGUUGGGUGUGUGUUUCUCGCCCGGGGAGUACCUUGCAGUGGUGGCGCAGGGCGGGUCGGAGCGGCUGGGGCCGCUGGUGCCGCUGUGGGGGCAGGUGGUGGGCGGGCUGGCGGAGCUGAUGCUGUCCCGCCCCUCCCUCCGCGAGCUGCACCUGAGCUGCCCGCCCGGCCUGCUGACCCCAGCCCACGUGGAGCGGCUGCAGCGGGCCGCAGCGGACCCGGGGCCGCGGCGCGCGCGGAGGCUGGCGGUGCUGAUGGGAGGAC